CAUACAGUAUACAAACACAUUUAUUUAGUCAUGGUUUGUGUGUCGUUUUGUGUCGCGUGACUGCGUGGGAGGGAAGAAGAAAAGAAAAAGAGACAUUAUUUCCAUGUUUUCCUUUUCAUCAGACCAAAACCACUGCCGCCCCCACUUUACUGAAUCUGCUGCCUCCCGUUACACCUGAUCCUGCAGAGGUUAAGGCCACCGUGGCUGUCACUCACGAAUUUAAUCAUUCCGAUCUUCUCAGGUUCUUCAGCUUUAUUUUCUGCGUCCGGUAAUUGCGUUUUCUGAUUCGUGCGGGGCGAUGAGUGUACGCUGUCCAAGGUGCUGCAGCAGCGCGGCCCCGCCUAUCCUCUCCAACUCCUUCAACACAUCCCUCUCUCUCUCCUCACACACGCGCGCACGUCUGACCACGUGACUUUCCCUAUGCCGAGUCUCGGAGAGCAUCAGACUGCACCUUUUCCUUCUCAAGAGAGCGGAGAGCGAGGAGAGAGAGACAUUGGCUCACACAGAGACGGUGUCAGAGAAGGAGAGAUAGAGAAGGGGAUAGAGAGAGAGAGAGCGGCUCUGACCAACACCCGGCUGCUCUCUCGCGACUUCUACGUUCUUACAAAUGGGAAGGGAAAUCGAUGGUUCGAGCGCCGCACUGAUGCCACGGGACCACAGGACGUGCCUGAGGUCGCUGGAGAGAGUGAUGACGCGGCAGUAAGACACACACAAACCUUCCCCUUUCGCACAUAGCCACACACACGCACAGACACAUAUUUGCCCACACGCACUUUUUAUUCUUGCCCUACUAAGACCUGGAGGAAGGGGAGAAAAUACGGCUAUGACGGUGUCAUUUCUCUCCAUUACCAGUGUGUGAGGCACACGCUUACACUCUGCAGGGAGUUCUCUGCACAGGGGAUAAGGCCCUAUCUGGGGCACAAAGAUGAAGUUCACUUUCCAUCCAUCAUGCAUCUAGCACUCACACAGAUGCUCACACCAGUAGAAUACACCUGGACUCUGUCAUCAAUAAAGGACUGAAUGGACAGACUAGACUUUAAGGGGACACAUACAGCAGACCAAGGUCCAUAAAGUUGCCCCAAAUGUGCUGAAAAGCCAGAGAGAGCCGUUGUUGUAGGACCUUUUAUCUCAACUGGACCUGUACCACAGAAGUUCUACAGAGCUCCACCAAGAAAGACGCUUCCACCUGUAACAUCUCAAAAGUGUUCUGCCGCUCAUCCUACAGUUGUCACCAUGAGCUGUAGGCUACAGAGAACAGCCAAGCUCUAGCUUCUGUCUCAUCUUCUGUGUGUGUGUGAGUGAGAGUGAGUGUGUGUAUGAGUGUGAUGGCGGUGUGUGUUUGGGCAGCAGCCCCACUGCUCUUCUUGGGGCUGUGCCUGUGCAGUGUGGGGGGCCAUGCCCAAGGGGAGGUCCUAGAGUUUGGAGGAGUUUCCAGCCAGUGGGGACGAUUCCCUGUGUGGAACGCCUGCUGUGAGAGUGUCCUGAGCUUCAGCCUGCGGACUCACAGCCAGGAGGGCCUCCUGCUCUACCUGGAUGACGAGGGCUUCUGUGACUUCCUGGAGCUGCUGCUUCUCCAUGGCCACCUGCGCCUGCGUUUCUCCAUCUUCUGCGCCGAGCCAGCUGAGCUGCAGUCAGGCGUGGCGGUGAGUGACGGGAGGUGGCAUGCAGUACGUGUCAAGAGGGACUGGAGGAACACCUCUUUAGAGGUGGAUGGACGACUGGAGGGUUGGGCAGAAGUUAAGAGCAAGAGAAGAGACAUGACUGUGUUUAGCCACACCUACAUGGGCGGGUUAACGCCAGAGCUUCACACCUCACCUUUGCGUCUCACCUCGCCUUCGGUGCGAGAACAUCCUGCCUUCCGUGGCUGGAUCACGGGAGUGAGCAUCAAUGGGUCGCUAGUGAUGCUGGAUGGCUCAGAGGGCAUCACAGUGACAUCUGGCUGCGGGCCAGACCACCAGUGCCAGAACGGAGGGGUGUGCAACUUGGUCAACGACCAAGCCAUCUGUGACUGCUCCGACACAGGGUACCAAGGCAAUGACUGCAGUGAAGAGUUCAGCUACACUCCAGGUCUGGCACACCUGAUGAUUGGCGACCAAGGAAAACCUGCAGCUCGGGAGGACUAUGUUGCCACUUUCAAGGGCUCUGAGUACUUCUGCUAUGACCUGUCUCCUAACCCGAUCCAAUCUAGCAGCGAUGAAAUCACGCUGUCUUUUAAAACACUGCAGCGCAACGGUUUGAUGCUACACACGGGCAAGUCAGCCGACUACGUCAACCUGGCACUGAAGAACGGCGCCGUAUCACUGGUCAUCAAUCUCGGUUCAGGAGCCUUUGAGGCCUUGGUGGAACCGGUCAACGGCAAAUUCAACGACAACGCGUGGCACGAUGUCAAGGUCACCCGCAACCUGAGACAGCACUCAGGCAUUGGACACGCUAUGGUGACGAUCUCUGUGGACGGCAUCCUGACCACCACAGGCUACACGCAGGAGGACUACACCAUGCUGGGCUCUGAUGAUUUCUUCUACGUGGGAGGAAGCCCCAGCACGGCUGAUCUGCCCGGUUCUCCAGUCAGCAAUAACUUCAUGGGCUGCCUCAAAGAGGUUAUUUACAAGAAUAAUGACGUACGGCUGGAGCUGUCAAGACUGGCUAAACAAGGAGACCCCAAGAUGAAGGUCAGUGGAGUGGUGUCCUUUAAGUGUGAGAGUGUUGCCACACUGGACCCAGUGACCUUUGACACCCCAGAGUCUUAUGUUGCGCUGAGUAAGUGGACAGCAAAGAAGGCGGGUUCCAUCUCAUUUGACUUCCGGACCACGGAGCCCAAUGGGUUGAUGCUUUUUAGCCACGGCAAACCUCGACAACAGCAACGCAAGGACCCUCGAACACCACCCACAGUCAAGGUGGACUUCUUUGCCAUUGAGAUGUUGGAUGGACACCUUUAUCUGCUAUUGGACAUGGGGUCAGGGACCACCAAAACCAAGGCUAUUGACAGAAAAGUCAAUGACGGAGAAUGGUAUCACGUGGACUUUCAAAGGGACGGACGCUCAGGAACAAUCUCGGUGAACAGUGUAAGAACAGCGUACACGGCUCCAGGAGACAGUGAGAUCCUGGACCUCGAUGACAUCUUGUACCUUGGCGGUCUACCUGAGGACCGUGUCGGACUCAUCUUCCCUACUGAGGUCUGGACAGCGCUCUUGAACUAUGGUUAUGUGGGCUGCAUUAGAGACCUGUUUGUGGAUGGGCAGAGCAAAGACAUCCGGAGACUAGCCGAGGCCCAGAGGGCAGUUGGGGUAAAGCCCUCGUGCUCCAGAGAGGCACCAAAGCAGUGCCUUUCAAACCCCUGCCAGCACAACGGCAUUUGCAGGGAAGGAUGGAAUCGAUAUGUGUGCGACUGCUCUGGGACAGGCUACCUGGGACGCUCCUGUGAGAGAGAUGCGACUAUCCUGUCCUACGACGGCAGCAAGUUUAUGAAAGUGCAGCUGCCUGUGGUGAUGCAUACUGAGGCAGAGGACGUCUCGUUACGCUUUCGCUCCCAGCGGGCAUAUGGAGUUCUCAUGGCAACGACAUCCCGUAACUCUGCCGACACCCUUCGUCUGGAGCUGGAUGGUGGACGUGUCCGACUCACGGUUAACUUAGACUGUAUCAGGAUAAACUGUACAGCCAGUAAAGGCCCAGAGACCAUCUUUGCUGGGUCAAACCUCAAUGAUAAUGAGUGGCACACAGUGAGAGUAGUUCGUCGUGGCAAGAGCCUGAAACUCACCGUUGACGAUCUGCAGCCUGCUGAAGGUCAGAUGGCAGGUGACCACACCCAGUUGGAAUUCCACAAUGUGGAGACAGGAAUUGUCACAGAGAAGCGCUUCAUACCGGCUGUGCCCUCCAAUUUUAUCGGCCACCUUCAGGGCCUAGCGCUAAACGGCAUGCCCUACAUCGACCUGUGCAAGAACGGCGACAUUGACUACUGCGAGCUCAAUGCUGUCAUUGGCUACAAAAGUAUCGUGGCUGACCCCGUCACCUUCCGAUCACGAUCCAGUUUUGUCACGCUGCCUACACUCCAGGCAUACUACUCCAUGCAUCUCUUCAUGCAGUUCAAGACAACGUCCCCUGAUGGCCUUAUUCUGUUUAACAGAGGAGAUGGCAAUGACUUCAUUGUAGUAGAGCUUGUCAAAGGCUACCUACAUUACAUAUCUGACCUGGGCAAUGGGGCACAUCUGAUUAAGGGUAACUCUAACAGUCCUUUGAAUGACAACCACUGGCACAAUGUGCACAUAUCCCGAGACACUAACAAUCUUCACACCGUCAAGAUCGACACCAAAGUCACCACACAGACCACCACGGGGGCCAAGAACCUCGAUCUAAAAGGUGACUUGUACAUUGGGGGCGUUUCUAAAGAGAUGUACAGAGACCUGCCGAAGCUGGUCCACUCCCGUGAAGGAUUCCAGGGUUGCCUGGCAACAGUAGAUUUGAAUGGCAAGCUCCCUGACCUUUUGGCCGAUGCCUUAGCGACCAUGGGACAGGUGGAGAGAGGCUGUGAAGGUCCCAGCACCACCUGUCAGGAAGACUCUUGCUCAAAUCAAGGAGUUUGCCUGCAGCAGUGGGAGGGCUUCACCUGCGACUGCAGCAUGACUUCAUACGCUGGGCCACUAUGCAAUGAUGCUGGAACCACCUAUAUUUUUGGGCGCGAUGGCGGUGUGGUAAUUUACACGUGGCCACCCAACGAACGACCCAGCACCAGGGCGGACCGGCUAGCCCUUGGGUUCAGCACCCAGCAGAAACAUGCCAUUCUGCUCAGGGUGGACAGCGCAUCUGGUCUGGGAGACUACCUUCAGCUGCAGAUAGACAAAGGCAACAUUAGAGUAGUGUUUAAUGUUGGUACUGACGACAUCAACAUCGAGGAGAGCUCCAAGUUUGUCAACGACGGGAAGUACCACAUAAUUCGCUUCACACGCAGCGGAGGCAAUGCAACCCUCCAACUUGAUGACCUACCAGUCAUAGAGCGCUAUCCCUCAGGCAACAUUGAUAACGAGCGCCUGGCCAUCGCCAGACAGCGAAUCCCCUAUCGGCUCGGUCGAGUAGUUGACGAUUGGCUACUCGACAAAGGCCGCCAGCUGACAAUCUUCAACAGCCAGACAACGGUGCGCGUCGGUGGAGGGGAGCGCAGUGCAGGCAUGUUCCAGGGGCAGCUCUCUGGACUAUACUACAAUGGUCUCCGCAUCCUCAACAUGGCCGCUGAGGGACAUCCACAUAUUAAAGUAGAGGGCAGCGCACGGUUGGUUGGCGACAUGCCGUCUUCCUCCAUAACACCACAGUCCAGUGCUGCAGCUGGAGGCAACCGCUCUGACUCCGCCCCCUCCAAUAAUGAUAUCACUACCACCACAGCCACCAACCGGAAACAGGGUGCCACCCAGCAGUCAGCGGAUGACCUGCUGGUGGCGUCAGCCGAGUGUCCCAGUGAUGAUGAAGAUAUUGAACCCUGUGACCCUAGUUCAGCUCGACCUCCACUGCCAGAGGUGAAGGUUUUCCCCGGUCCAUCAGAAGUGGUGCGGGAAAGCAGCAGCACCACAGGCAUGGUGGUGGGCAUUGUCGCAGCCGCCGCUCUUUGCAUCCUCAUCCUCCUCUAUGCCAUGUACAAGUAUCGCAACCGAGACGAAGGCUCCUAUCACGUGGACGAGAGCCGCAACUACAUCAGCAACUCUGCAACGCAGCCUAAUGGUAGUGCCAAGGACAAGCCGCUGGGCAUUGCCAAAAUUUCCAAAAACAAGAAGAACAAAGACAAGGAGUACUAUGUGUGAGGCAGAAGACGCCUAACACAGACAUAUCCGCAUACACCUUUAUAUAUAACGGUAUAUGUACAUAAAUAGAUAUAUUCUCAAAAAAAAAAAAAACACACACAUGCACACGGACAUAGACAUGCUGAUGUUAAAUGUUUACUCUCCAAUAAUCAUACCUGCACACAUUCUGGCAAGCACAAACAUUUACACACUCAAGCACAUACACAGAACAUUGAAGCACACAAAUACACACACAGGCGCUGGGACAUGGACCUACACUGUACAGUAUUUACCAAUGAGCCAGGCUUCUGACAGUGGCUUGUUUUGUGAACACAAACACCAUUCCAAAUAAUUUAAAAACAAGUCCUGUUAUGAACCAAUCCAGGGCCAGUCAGAAAAAAAGACAGAUUAGUUCCCUGCCACAACACCUUUCCAGACUGACUCUGGGAGGUUGAGGACAACUGUGAUUGAAAGAAAAUGCAGACGGACAGUGUUAAUAUUGAGAGUACAAAAACAAGGAUGGUGUGAUCUACAAGCAACCAGAAAAGCACCAAGUGUCUCUUCCAAGCUUCUUGGCCUUCCUCCCUACUCACAGACGGGAAUCAUUGAAGCACUGAGGUUGCUGAAGAAACAAGCACACUGUUGGCCCAAGUCUAAUUUCAAGCACCAGGACAGGAAAAACAGGGUGUAGCCAUAGGGGCAGUGAUUUACAAGUGAAAAGGCAGAGGGAAGGUUUGGUGCCGUUAAUCUCAUAAAUGGGCUGCGGUUGUUAAAGAGAGAGCUGUUUUAUGGCGGCCUGUAAAUCAAAGGUGGAAUCAGCAGAAAACUGAAAUAUUUUUCUGGACAGGAUACUUGAGACUUCAGAUGCUACCUACAGACACCAGUCAUGCAUGACUGUAGUGUCUCUCUCUCUCUUUCUCUCUCUCUCUCACACACACACACAAACACAAACACAGUACACGCAGAUGCAUACAACUUAUUAAUCUACACAAGCAGACCAAUCUGCAGUGCUAAAGAUCCACCAUUUCUUCAUGACUGAUUCUGAAGACUAUACAAGAAGACAAUGGUGAAAAUGAAAAAGACCAUUAUGAUUAUUAUUAUGGCAAUGAUAUUGACGAAUAUGAAGAACAUUUUGGGAGUGGGGGGGGGGGUCUUAUUGCACGUGAACUAUCUUACUCCGUGUGAUUUUACAGCGUUGAAACUUCAAGACGUUACACCAUGAAGCACCAUCAUCAUAAACUUACCACCUUGGCUUGAAGUAUUUCUGAAUAAACGCACCUCUAUUGGUUUUCAAUGUGAGAUUCAACGAUGGUUUAACCCCUAAAUCAAUUGUCAGUUUAUACCCUUAUUAACAAAUGUGAGCAUUUCGAGUGUGCUGCAUGCCUGAGUCUCUGAGCUUUGCUGUGGAGUGGUGGCGUGACCCACUAUGUCCAAAGGUGGUAUGUUUGUUUGUUGGAGGAGGUGUAAGAAAGAAAGGGUGACGUGGGUCCAGCGCAACACCUGGAUGUGUUCGCCCACCUCAGGAUAUGUCCUGUUUUGUAGCCUGGCAUCUAAUGGGCUACCCUCACCAUACCCGCUCUAAGAAACCACCUUUUAUAGCAAAAACCCAGCGGAGGAUGAAAAAAAAAAGUCAAAAAUAGAUCAAAGUAAAUGUUACCAUGUGUUGCUAAUAGAUAGAAAAUCCAGUUCAUGAUGCCACUGGCCAUGACAACUUGAGUUGCAAUUUUAUUGGUUCUUCCUUUUCUCUCUCUAGUUCGCACUCUCUCUCUCUCUCUCUCUCUCUCUCUCUAUCUCUCUCUUUCUCUCUUUCUGUCUUUCUCUGUCUGACCCUCUCUUAGCAUUUUUUUGUCUUCAUGCUUUUGGUUAAACAAUUUUUCGAAAGACAUGACACAGUCACCAAAGGCCAGAAAGAUGGUUUUAAAAAUGUAUCUCUUGGUGUACUUUUGCAGCAUCUGAGCCUUCAACAGUUCAAGAAUUGUAGCCCCGUAAUGUAUCAACGCAAAGAGUGCCAUGACAUGACUAAUCCAGUUAUUUCCUCCAGUCAUUGUAACCAGUCAGAUGCAUGCCAAAAGGACAUGGGCGACAGACAUCAAAAAGGUCUUUUGUGAGAUUUCACAGUAUAAUGUCAAAAUAACUGACCUAACUCUCUCCAUCCUUAACUGGCCUUUUUGACCUCAUUGUUAUCCUUCACUUCCACUAAGUCUAUCGCUAAGUUUCUCCCUUGCUCUGUUGUUUUGCCAUCGGAAACAAAGGAGGUGUCUCGACCAAUAGGAUUUUACAUCUAGGUAUUCAUUAACCAUGUUUUUUUUCUAUAUGUACAAAUUUUCUACAGUAUUUACUUUUUAUUUUUAUUGUUACUGUUCUUUGAUGAACAUAAAGUGGAAAUUUAUUAUAAAAAAUAGUUUUGAAGAUUAAUGAGUAAAUAAAAUAUUACCCAAGUGA